GGGGCGCAGGCGACGAUGGGCCGGAGCCGGAGGGCGGCGGCGGCGGCGGGGGGCCGCGGGGGCGGCGCGGGGCGCGGGCCCAGGCACAGGCACAGGGCGCUGGACACCUUCGCGGCCGAGGCGGCGGCAGCGCUGGAAGGCUGCGCGCGGCAGGAGGCGGCGGCGGAGGCGAGGGCGCCGCGGCUGCCCUGCCCGGUGGCCAUGUGGGACCUGGGCCACUGCGACCCGCGACGCUGCACGGGCCGGCGCCUGGCGCGGAAGGGGCUGGUGCGGCCCCUGCGCCUCGGGCAGCGCUUCCCGGGGCUCGUGCUCAGCCCCGCGGCCGCGCAGUGCGUGUCCCCGGCCGACAGGCAGGUGGUGGCGGAGCGCGGGGUCGCGCUCAUCGACUGCUCCUGGGCGCGGCUGCCCGAGACGCCGUUCGGCAAGAUGCGCGGGGCGCACCCGCGCCUGCUGCCCUUCCUGGUGGCCGCCAACCCCGUCAACUACGGCCGCCCGCGCCGCCUGUCCUGCGUGGAGGCGCUCGCCGCUGCCUUCUGCAUCGUGGGAUUCCCUGAUCUAGCCACCAUUCUUCUGAGAAAAUUUAAAUGGGGCAAAACAUUUAUUGAAUUGAAUAAAAAUCUCUUGGAGAAAUAUGCAGCUUGCCAUGGCCCAGAAGAUGUGCUGAAAGUUGAGGAAGAAUUUUUAGCCAGCGCUCAAGAAAGAGAAACUGAAGAAAUAGAUCCAUUUGACGUCGACUCUGGAAAAGAAUUUUCAAAUCCUAACAGACCAAUCAGUUCCAAAGGGGAGGCACAAAGUGAUGAAGAGUCUGAAGAAGAGGGUGAUAGCGAGAGUGACAGUGAUGACAGUACAGAUGAUGACAAAGAAGAACCUGCUCCAUCAACAGCUAGUAAACCAGUUAUUUGGAAAGGAGUGAAAAAAAGACUAAGGGAUUAAAGAAUUUAUAAGCAUUAGUUUUAAAAUCUUGUACAUAGAAACUGUGCGUAUAACUGAAAGAUAAAACUACACGUUAAGCGGAUGAGCAGGGUCUAUUACUAGGCUGCCCAUUUCUACAUGGAUAUCAACUGCCACAAGCAGGGUUUUAUUUGAGGCUAAGGAUCUGCUUACUCAUGUCAGGGCCUUAGAUUGGGUCCUUGGGUAGAAGAGUGGUGGGCAUUCUAUAAGUCAGCGAAAGCUUAAGCUAGACAUGUAUUGUCUUGGAUCUGCAGUCACCCAAGGGGAUUGCUUCUGGAAUGUUUGAAAUGGGGAUAGUGUGGCAGGGUUUUGUUUGUUUUUUCUCUAAACACAAUCAUACUUUGUAGCUUGCACAGCUGGAGCUAAAGAGGCAUCAUUUGCCUAAAGAUGGUUUGAAUGAGUAAGGUCUAGCAUUAGAAAUGUAAUUUUAAAGGUGCCAAAAAUAUGGUCCAUGUUGGGACUCCAAUGCACAGAGCAAGAGAUUGCACUUAACUUACCUUGAGACUUGGGAAAGGUAGGCUAUAUGAAUAAGUAGAGAACACUGACUGCAGACAGAGUUCAAGGAGUGGCCUGCCUGGUGUGCAUCUGCUGAGGCAGGCAUGGAGUUAUGAGACAAAAGGAAGUUGAGGAAUUACAACCCUGAACUUAUUUAGGGGAGGAAGCAGGAGUAAGGACUGCACACAAACUGUGAGGCAGGAAACGACAGCAAGCAAAAACUUGAUUUAAUUAGAAGGAGGUGUGUGUCCACUGUUGUGAGGUUCAAAUUGUCAAAUAUUUAAUUCCUUUAGCUGCCAACAGGUUUAUAGAGUGAAAUAUUAUUUACUUUAAGUGCUUUUAAGCUCUUCCUUAAAACAUUAACAUCACCCUAGUCUCAGGGAAAUACUUCGUUGCUUCUGAUGCUACUUAUAGUCAAGGUUAAUUUAAUCAGGUGUUUCUUGUAUUUCUUACUAUUCAUGCUGCUUGUCCUGGAUUUUCUGCUAGCCUGUGGAACAAGCAGUCCCAGUCCUGCUUCCUGAUCACUUAGGAUCCUCUCCUGUUUCUUAUCUUAAAGCUCUGGUUGCUGUUCUAGCCAAGCUUAUACUGAAAAAAAAAUAGUGAGGCAUUUGCUUCAUUAUGUAAACCAAAGUUAGUGGAAACUAUCUACUAUUAUUUUUCUCCUGUUUGUGUCAAGAGGAGUUGAUUAGUAUUCAAACAGCAAAAGUUUAGAUGAACACACUACUACACAGUUAUUUCACUAUAACGCUUUAUAUUUCACCACAAGCAAAAAAUACAAAUACAAAACAUGUAUGUUGUGCUGUAA